AUGCCAAGCCCGCUGCCCUCCCCUAGCCGCCCCCCGCCACCCCCCGGGACCACCCCGACCCCGCUGCCCGCCCCUCGCCACCCCCCGGGACCACCCCGAGGCCGCUGCCCGCGCCUCGCCGCCCCUCGCCACCCCCGGGACCACCCCGAGCCCGCUGCCCGAGCCCCCCGCCAUCCCCCGGGACCAUGCCAAACCCGCUGCCCACCCCCCGCCGCCCCCCGCCCCCCCCGGGAUCACCCCAAGCUCGCUGCCCGCCCCCCGCAGUCCCCCGUCACUCCCCGGGACUAUGCCAAGCCCGCUGCCGGACCCCAGCCGCCUUCAGCACAGGCGCGCACAGCCCAGCUCCGCCCGCUGCGCCGAGGGCAGGCCGGGCUCGCAUAUAGCUGGAUCUGGGAGCCAGGAGCCGGGAACCUUGAAAAAGGGUGGGCCGCGGGCGCCUUGAGCACUGUGGACCUUGCCCGCGUGGGUGCGUGUGUCCUGAAGCAUGCGGUGACCGGGGAGGCCGUGGAGCUGCGGAGCCUGUGGCGGGAGCGCGCGUGCGUGGUGGCCGGGCUGCGGCGCUUCGGGUGCGUGGUGUGUCGCUGGAUCGCCCGGGACCUCGGCAGCCUCGCGGGGCUCCUGGAGCAGCACGGCGUGCGCCUGGUGGGCGUGGGGCCCGAGGCCCUGGGUCUGCAGGAGUUCCUGGACAGCGGCUGUUUCGCGGGAGAGCUCUAUCUGGAUGAGAGCAAGCAGCUUUAUAAGGAACUGGGCUUCAAGCGGUACAGCAGCCUGAGUAUCCUCCCUGCUGCCCUGGGGAAGCCCGUGCACCAUGUGGCUGCCAAGGCCAAGGCUAUUGGCAUCCAGGGGAACCUGUCUGGGGACCUGCUGCAGAGUGGAGGGCUGCUGGUGGUCAGCAAAGGUGGUGACAAAGUGCUGCUGCAUUUCAUCCAGAAGUCUCCAGGCGAUGUUCCGCAGGAGCAUAUCCUGCAGGUCCUGGGCAUCUCUGCAGAGGUGUGUGCCAGCAGGCCGCCUCAGUGUGACAAAGAGUUGUGAGGGAGGUGAAGGCCCUGGCCUCCAGGAUCUGGGAGGUGUCUGCUGCCCUGGGUGUGCUGGAAGUCAGCCUGGAAGAACUGUCCUGGCGUUGCUGGGCCGGGCUGCUGAACUUCUGAUCCGUGGACAGCAACGAGCCAUUAACCCUGCAGUUCCUGGGCAAGCACUGCUUCGCCAGCCCCCGAGCCCUGCAGCCCCCGUGGCCCCCACCUCGCUC